GAUAAGCGUGGCAGCCCUCAGCUGGGCCGCUGGGCACCCGCCGCCGUCAUUGCGGAGGCAGAGUUCAGUAAGAAGAACAGGAAAACUGCGAAGUGCACAAGAAAGAAAACUUCAAGAAUGCCGCCCCCUGCGUGCUGCAUACCCGAGUGUUCGCAACGGGGAUAUAGAGAUAAUUGCGGAAACAAGGUGUCCUUUCAUAAGUUCCCAAGGAGCGAGGCCGUGUUCCAGAAAUGGGUUUCUGCCAUCAACGGCGAAGAUUCCAAGUUUCUAAAUGUUACGAAAUCUUCAUUGGUGUGUUCCAGACACUUCCUUCCCAGUGAUUUUCAACCAAAAGUUACCGCUCGGCGCAGGCUCCUUUAUGAGACAGCUGUUCCGUCCUUGUUUACCUUCAAAAUGGCGAGAAACCAUCUGAAAAGAUCUGCGCCAUUGCACCAUUUCAAACAAGAUCCUGCGCAGCCAUCUGAACAAAGACCUGUACACUCCUCUGGACUUGAGUCGGCGUGCCCUUCACGAGACACGGACUCUUCCGAGACCCCUCCGCCCAUGUCGGACUGUGGGGACGAAGAUUUUAGCGGAAGCGACUCCUCCGUAUCGCCGAUUGGCGAAGAAACUGACUUGCCCCUACCUCUGGUUUGCGAAGUGGCAGACUGUCCGUUUGUUAGAGAAGUAGACAUGCUGAAACGUCUCGUAGGACGGCAAGAAAAAGAAAUCAGUAACCUCACGAAGCAGCUUGAAUAUACGAGAAAAGAGCUGAAAGAGACAAAGCAUAAGUACUACAGAGCACAGGGGGAGAAAGAUUAUGCUCUCAACAAGCUGAGGGAAGAAGAGAAGAAAAAGGCCAACUUCUGCGUGGAGCGGUUCGCCGAGUCGAACAAUGACAUGAUGUAUUACACCGGGCUGCCGAGUUACCGCCACUUCACAGCGUUGCUGGCGUUUCUCAAACCGGGGGAGUACGGGGAGAUUGCUCUGAACGGCUGGAGUCGGGCCAAACCCGUGGUGCUUGGUCGGCCGCAGAAGCUUACGGUUGAGAAUCAACUCUUCCUGGUGCUGGUCAGACUUCAGAUCAACACUCCUUUGCUCGACCUUGCUCAUCGUUUUGUCGUUGGAUUCUCGACCGCCCACAGGAUCUUCGCAUCUUGGGUUGAAUUCAUGCACUUAAAGUUAUCAGCCACGUCUCUGGGACAUUCAGAAAGUACAGUGCAGCAGGUAGUGCCAGGAACACCUGUAGAACAGUGUGGAGUGUCCAGUUCCCCCAUUCGUUUGUCAAGUGUCUCCUUGGAUGAGACGCAGAUUGGGAUGGACUUCAAUCCCCUGGAUGUCGUCGCCACCGUUUAUGAUGAUGGCGAAGAGGUAGAUUCGGUUGCUUCAGGUAAGGAGGAACAACAAGAAUGUUCUCUCAAGCAGAAGGUUAGGAAGGACUUACCUGCACCUGAAGUCAUUGCUCCUUUCUUGCCAAAGCUCCACAAGGCAGUCAUCGAGCACUUGGCAAGGAAGGCAGAAGAAAUUCCCGAUUCCUAGUAUACUUCGGACAGGGCAGAAGGCUGCCCGGCUAGAAGAAAGUGUCUAUAAAUUGGUCUGUUCCUAUUUCCCCAAUUUUAUCAUUGGUUGCUUCGUAUGGUGGACACGUCCUGGAGUGUUUAAUCUUAGAACGACACUGUGCAGGGUGCAUACAUUGUUAUUUUAGGUCAGUGAAUAGUCGAGCUGCUUUUUUUCUGUUAAACUUAUCACAUCUGCCUGCUUCAUAAGUGUGAAGAGGCCAGUUUUAGCCUUGCAGCUCACUCCCUGCUUCACCUAAGUUCUACUCCUUAAACAAACAUUAAAGAAUGCCUUUGUAAUUUGCAAGGUCUUUGAAAGUAUGCAAUGCAGAUGAGCAGUCAACUGAACUAAUGCAAUAAAGAAUAGUAAUGGAGAUAUGAUCGUAUAACUCGGGAAAGGGCAUGUCGCAAGAAGACAGCAGCACAACCAGUUCAGUGUGCGAAAAAGGAGUGCAUAUAUCUGCCAUUGGGAAACAAAAAACAUUCUUGCUCUUUUGUAUUUGUAUUAGCCAUUUUCAGGGAUGGGCAAAAUACAUGCAAAUAUGUAUCGAAAUACAAAA